GCACAGUGUACCAUGGGUUACUGUCCCCAAUUCGACGCGUUGUUGUCUUACUUGACCGGCCGAGAGACACUGCAGCUGUAUGCUCGCCUUCGCGGAAUUCGUGAAGGACUGAUCAACGUGGAGGUCGACCGGCUGUUGCAUCAACUACAACUCACUCAUUACUCAACCGUCCGCGUGGCUCAUUACAGCGGAGGGAAGCGACGCAAGCUCAGUGUGGCAGUUGCAUUGGUCGGAGGUACCCCCCUUGUUUGCUUGGACGAACCAACGACCGGAGUGGAUCCUGUUUCACGACGGAAAAUGUGGAACGUGCUUCUGCACGCACGACUGCAGGGUCGAACGCUAGUCCUGAGUUCCCACAGCAUGGAAGAAUGCGAAGCACUGUGCACUCGAGUCAGUAUUAUGGUGAACGGUCGUCUCAAGUGUCUAGGCACUUGUCAGCACUUGAAAGCACGCUUCGGUCGUGGAUACAGCCUGACUCUACAGGUAGCGAGACCUCAGCUGCAGAGUCAUUCUAUCUACACCACAGUGGACGUCGUUGAGGACUUACGUCGGGUGCAACAACAGGCUCUUGAGGAACUCGUGUCACGAGUUCAGCUGUUCGUAACUGAGCACUUCCCAACGGCCCAUCUCGUCGAUCGACACCAAGAUGUUAUCCAAUAUCACUUGCCCACCUCUCUUCUGCGGACCGUUGGUCUCUCGGACAUCUUUCGUUUGAUGGAACAGAACAAAGAUAAGCUCUCUUUGGUCAAUUACUCUGUCAGUCAAACUACUCUCGAACAAAUUUUCACCGAUUUGGCCAAGCUGCAAGAGGAACCCAUGUCAGCACGAGACACGCCUUCGCAUAGCCUGUUGUUGAGGCUGUAUGCGGCGGGCCAGUGUUGCCGACAAUGUUACGCCACGAAAUGUUGCUCCGGCACACCAGACCCAAGUGCGGACACGGCACCGUUGCUUCUAUAGACACUACGGGUGUAAACAUUGGUUGUUUGUAUAAUCGUGAUUCUGCUCGUCUUUUCCAUCGUGCCACUGUGUGUUUUUUAACUCCUUCGCUCCAGUUCCCUAGCACUGUCUUCAUUGUGAUCCGUCACCCCCCAGUCGGUAACUUUUACCAUACUCUCUUCUUUGUCCUAUCCACCGUUGUUUUAUUCCAGCUAGUAUUGAUGGAAGUUGUUGAUCUCUAAUUUAUUUUAUUUUCUACAUCGAUUCUUCUUCUCUGCCCCGCCGUCUUGCUGCUGCUCCACCAACUCUCGUUAACCUCAG